AUGUGGUUAGAAACCGCAUACCUGAGUAUAUCCCCCAUCAAACCACUGGCUUGGGUCUAUUUCUACCCCAGUAAGGAACAGCAGAGUCAGUGUGACAGCUGUGGAGAGGAGGGCCUGAACGGAGACCUGGUCAUUGUCUAUGACGUCCACAGGAAAAAGUCCAUAGGAGAUCUCAAGAAGUCAGAUGGGUAUUUUGUCCAUCACUUUGCUCCCAGUGAUCUACCACGCAUUCCAAAGAAUGUGGUCUUCGUCAUCGACCGGAGUGGCUCCAUGAGAGGCAGGAAAAUUCACCAGACCCGUGAGGCUUUGUUGAAGAUCCUGGGAGAGGACGACCACUUUGGCCUGAUUACAUUUGACAGCUCUGUGUCUCCCUGGAAGAAGGAACUGCUUUCCACCAACAUCAAUGCCGCUGUGCUGGAGGGUACAGACAUGCUGAAACGACACCCACGCAAGCACUCAGUCUCUCUCCUCAUACUGCUCACGGAUGGAGACCCAACCAUAGCAAUUCCUCUUAUUAGGUUCCUGUUGCCUACCUGACUGUGAAGCAGCUAUUGGACAAAGA